UUCAAUAUAUUUGAGACGUACUUUCAUAUUUCAGUUUGAAAACUUUGGGUCAUGUAUGCCUUCAUAUUGAAGCCAUUAAGAAGACAAAAAUGGAUCGAACAAAUAUUUUGCCUCAGUACAGUUGCCUUGUUUUAUCUCCUGCGAAUCUCUGGAAUCAAGAUGUGCUGCAGUUUUCCCAGGACAGCUCUUUACUCACUACUAUUUUUAGUCAUCAUAGUUUUCAAAAAGGGAAGACAUCUGUAUCAGAUAUGCUCUUUGGAAUGCAUCUUUUUGAUGCUGGUAUCAAGCGAUAUCCUAUCAGAAAUCGCCAACGAAUAAUACAAUACGCAGUAACUUUGUUCUUUACGAAAUAUGAUUAUGAAUUUAUAGAAGGAUUAAGGAAAAAACUAAUUUCACUUUAUCCCUUGCAUCAAAAUGACUCAAAAAAUGAUAACUAUAUAAUGAAUGACACGGUUCUAAUACAAUAUCCAGGUGAAAUAAAUUAUAUCGAACUAGUGCCAAUAAUAGUGUCCUUCGUCCUAGUGUUUCUUUACUAUUACUUCAGUGUGAGAAAAAUUGAGCUCAUCAAAUCCAAACUAGGGAUGGCACUCACAGCAACAUUUACAAUAUUCUGCAGUCUCACAAUGACUAUGGGUGUUUGUUUCUUUUUUGGAUUGACUUUGAAUUUUGAAAGUGGUAAAGGGAUAAUUCCCUAUCUUAUCCUACUUGUUGGUCUCGAGAAUGUGCUGGUUCUGACGAAAAGUGUUGUUGCCACUCCAUUACACUUGGAUGUGAAAAUAAGAAAUGCUCAAGGCCUGAGCAAGGAAGGAUGGUCAAUUACAAAGAACUUGUUCCUUGAAAUAACAGUGUUAACGUUUGGUCUAUUCACUUUUGUACCUGCAAUUCAGGAAUUUUGCAUUUUCUCAAUAGUUGCUUUGAUAACGGAUUAUUUUUUGCAACUAUUCUUCUUUUUAACCAUACUUGGUUUAGAUAUGAGUCGUCUGGUGAACUCUGUUGAAAACAUGAAUCAGAACUUACGAAACGGUCUCUAUCACCAACAGAAUUUCUUCAAUAAACCAACCAAUAUGAAGGGACUCAACCGGUCCAAAUCACACCCAAGACUCUCUUCUUUUCCUGCGAAUAUUGUAGCAGGGCAAACACAAGGUGUACAGGAGAAAAAGAUUCCUAAAAGAGUCAGACUUGUUAAUAUUUGGGCACGCACCAGAUUUUUCCAACGUUCGUUCAUGAUUUUGAUGAUUAUUUGGAUAUGUGUGAUCGCUUAUAAUAGUGAUCUGAUCAAUCAGUAUAUUGUCAAAGCAGUCAUUGAUGACAGAGGUGACGACAAUGCAACUCAUAACCUAGAAAACUACUCGUCAAUAAGAGUGUUCCCCAUUUCAACGAACAGACCAAUUGAGGUGAACUAUGUUACUUAUAACCCCAUAGAGGUUGAGUAUCAACAAAAUGGUACAGUUGAACUAGAAAAACUGAAACAUUCGGAAUAUGCACCCUGGUUAAAGCUGUCAUCGAGACACUGGUAUGCCAUACUAAAAAAUUAUAAUGUGUCUCUGAGUGGUCAGACUAUUGCGGUAUUACCAAAUAUAAAGAUAUCCCAUGUUGUGAGACCGGAACAGGCAGUUUUGCUGAGGAAUCCAGAUGAGAAGUAUGGGGAAAAGUUCCAAUGGCAGGCUUUAGCUGCAGCUUUAGAUCCAAUUGAUUUCAGAGAUGCUGAAUCUGCUGGAACCUCAGCGAUGCCCCAGUCAGAACAGCCUUUUUAUCCCACUUCCCCUAUGGAGAUUCUUCUAACGACUAUUUUGUGUAUCAUCAGUAUCUUAGUUUUAGCUUAUGCUUUUGUUGUUCUCUAUCGUUGCAUUUGUUCCCGCAAUUAUGCUGAGUGGAGAGCAUCGUGGUUCAAUGAAAAAUCCGGAGAUGAGUUUUCACAGGAAGAUCAAGUAUUGUUGGAGGCUGUGCCAGUUAUCCUAGAGGGACACCAACAGGCGAUAGAGUGUCUGGUGGCUGAUAGUACAAGCAUAAUAAGUGCAUGUUUAG